AUGAUUCCUAUUCAAUUCAAUGCUCAGCAAUUAUCAAGUUAUAUCAGAACAGCUAUUCAAUUACUCAGUUCAAAUUCAUCAAAGGUUACUGAUCUCAUGCUUCCAAAAAUUUUAGAAAAUAUUAAUCGAAUAGCUAAUGAAAGUGUUAUACAUACUCGAACAAUAACUAAAAAACUAUUUUAUUUACCUGAACUCCUUUCGGAAGUUUUGGAAAUGAGCGCAGCUACUUAUUCUAAUCAUACGGGCAACACUCUCAAAAAACAAUCGCAUAUUAUCAAAUCAACACAUAAUAGUCAAGACAACGAUAGGGGUCUUAUUUUUAAUGAAGGAUCAUACAAAGAUGAUCGACUACGUGUAAAGAAUCCACCAAAAGAAUAUCGUAGUCUUCAAACAGUCUUAUCAGCUAAUCGUAUUUUAACCGAAAAAGCUACCUCUCUAUUUACAGCUGAAUAUGCCUCGAAAUUAGAUCAUACAAAUCAAAGAAUACUGAGUGUCACUCCAGGUGCAGCUACAACAAUAAAAGAUAACACUGCUUUAAAAGCGAAACAUUUAAAAAAAGGGAAAAAAAGUGAAAAGCGUAACACUGAAAUUAUUCAACAAAUUGCUCAGUCAAAACAGCAAAGUGUUACACUUAACGGUACUGCUGCUGUUUCCAGGAAGGAUGAUCAAGAAAUUAUCAACAUUCUCCUCGACUCUGUUGCACAAAUCCACAAAAUUCAAGUCCAAUGGAAUAAAAUGAUGUUAUUCUUUAACAUGCUUAUUUCACAAGUUGAACAUAUACAAAAUGGUUUAAUUCAAAAUUUUCUUAAUAUUAUCAAAGAUUCAAGCAACAAUAAUUUUCAUUUAGAUUCAUUUGAUAAAGAACUUGUCCUUAUUUUGCUCAUUAAAGCAAGUGAAGACCUAGAACAACAAGCUGAUUCACUCUAUACAAUGUGCAAAGCUUACAGUGAUACUUCUUCAGCAUAUAUAAUCAAUCAGAUAAAUAGUGUUAAUUUACUUAUUUUACAAACAAAUGAUGAACAAGCAUCAUAUUUGCGUCAACUUCCGUUCAAUACGAUUUUGAUAUCAACACGAGUCGUUCAAUUAGCGCAAGACCAACAAAAUGAGUAUAUUAUACGUAUGAAGAAUCGUCGUACAGAAUAUGAACAACUUUUAGCUCAAAUUGAUACAAGAAAAGUUAAUAGUUAG